UUUAUGACUCCCAAGUCAGAUUUAUGCAAUGUUUGCGAAACAUUAAGAUGGAAAAUUGGUCAUAUCAACAAGCUUGAAGAUAAAGAAGAGUUAUUAGUUGAAUAUGCUAGUUAUAUAAGAAUUGCUAAACUUGAACGCGAAUAUUACAAUGAUAACAUUAAAAAAGCAAAAGAAAAUGCUUCCCAUACUAUUAAUAUUUAUUCAUCACUUGCUAGUAAAGAAAGACCUACCCCAAAUACUGUUGAUGCUAUUGCUCAUUUUUGUUAUAAUUGGGCACAGAGUGUUUCAGUACUAUAUUCUCCACAACAAAUUGGUCCUUUGUACUUUAAGAAUGAAGGGGAGUUCCCUGUAGGAGUAGCAAAGGGUGCAAAUACAACUCUAAGUUUGGUCUAUGACAUACUUAUUGAACGUAACAGAGGUGAGAAGAAUAUUAAGAUUACUUGUGAUAACUGUGAAGGGCAAAAUAAGAAUAAUGCUACUAUUGCUUUCUACUGUUGGUUGGUAUUAAUUACUCAUUACAAAAAGUCAGUGAUAAAUACUGUUGACGAUAUUGCUGAAAUAACUAGAAUGUCUACCUAUAGCAAUAAUGCAAUCCGUUACAAAAAUCAUAAGUGGAAAUAUUUUGAUUUUGUCAAUUAUUUUACUCCUUAUUUUAAAAAAGUCCCCAACAUUAGACGUUACCAUCAUUUCUUGUUCAAGUCCACUGAACGUGACAAAGUUUUCUGUCAGGAAACUACUAAUGGAGAAUUUACAAUUAUCGACUUAUUUAAAAAGAAUAUUAUAUUUGAUCCUUACAUAUUAUCAAAGACUCUAGAUUUACAACCUAUUUUACUUACAAGACAGACAUAUCUUUAUAAUGAAGUAAGAAGGUUUGUCAACGAUCCUUAUAAGGAUAUAACUUGCUCCAGACCGUCAA